UUGUGGGCUAUCGUCCUUAAUAUUACUGCAAACGUUCCUGUGGAAAUUUCCACUAGCGCGCGAUCAUCAAUUCGCCUGACAUUGAUGUAAAAAGGACAUAGAAAAUCUAUAAAUACACGUGACAUUUUGAUACGUGAUAAGCUAGGGAAGAUUGGAACGGUGCGGGUGUAUAAAUCAAAUGGUCAAUAUAUACACUGAAUUGAAUUGCAACGGUCAUCGAUGAUAUAGGAGUUUGCCAUUUAUAGACAAUGUUUACAUACAGUGAAACACGCAAGGCGUUAUUUAAAGGGACGGAAAGAUAGUGUUCUAUGCAGGAUUAAGACUGGAGUUCAUAAUUUCAUAAUCAUACGUCCAACCGAUUCAAGGCAUCCUAUUUUGGAACCGUCUGCUUUGUCGAGUGUAAAAACAGCUGCAGCAAAAUAUUCAAGUGGUUAAAGACUCCAAACCAGUCUGGAAACUCUCACAACAUUUUAAGACUAUUUUCAUGAGUUAACUGGAAUUUCCAAUCCAUAUGAUCGAUCUUUAAGUAAGCGCUAACAUUGUGAAGCCUAAAAAGAUAUAGUAGUAUAGCAAACUUUGGAAACAUUUGGAAAGUCCUCUUUCUCAAAGGUUAUGAAGACCUUUCGUAAACUAUCAUAACAUUUGAAGACUAUUUCAGCUGGAGUACACACAGGUUCCUCAUGACGUUCCGUUGAAUGUCUAUGGGAUUUAAAUAUUGGGAAGAAUUCUCUAUAGUUCAGCUUUUAUUUUAAAGAUACAUUCGCGUUUCGUAUUUUAUAAAGACUGUCUCAUUCCUUCUUCAAACACAGGUGAAAAGUUGGAAUAACAGGUAAAAUUAAAAAUAACCUUUGUCCUUUGAGAAGUUUAAAUAUAUAAAUAGUGUUAUUAAUCGAUAUUUAGACAAGGUAUUUUUAGUCCGUUAAGCUUCUUUGCUAUACUAAAAUAAGUCUCAAGAGCCAACCGUGCAAGCACCCACGUUCAAACACGUAUAUGAAACCAGAACUGUUAGCCUGGCAUUACACUUAUCAAAGUUUCUGUGAUCACAGUAGCAAUUUUGCACAGGUAAAUCCUAAGUUUUGAAAGGUUUGAUAGAAAUGUUUGAGGGAACUAAACUUAAUGUUAAACAUUUUAAGAAACGUUGAUGUCUAUUUCACGCCAGUUAAACGCAUGCAUUAUUUGCCGUACCGGUACUUGGGUUUAUUUCAUCUUGUGUAUAUAGCUAGUAUUUUUUCUUUGCAAUACGAUAAUAAAUUCAAUUAAUUUCCUACAGCGACCACUUAAACAAGUGUAUAGUUGUACUCGAUUAAUAAUGGACUCACACAGUUUCAAAAACAUACACAACAGUUUAAUCAUAUUGCCAAAGGUUUUGGCACGAUUGAUUGAACAUGUUAUUCGCAUUUUGUCAUUUAUCUUUUGUCACAAGAUUAAUGUUUUUGGUUGCUGUUCAACGCCAUGAAUUUACUUCAAACGUCAUCUGCAAACCGUCAUUCGGGAACAUUUUGCUUGCUUCCGAGUUUCCAAUUUUAAAAUUGUGUUGUGGAGAAACACGAACAAACAUUUAUUCUUCGCAACAAUACGCAAGUUACUGACCAUCCCCAAGACGCUUUGCACUCCUCUGAUGUCACACUGCAUGCGACCUUCAAAAGUAUUCAAUUUGAAAAAAAAGCGUUGCAAGUACUUGAAAACCGCCAAUUUGACGAAGUCUCUAUAUAGUCUAAAAUUGAGUGUUAUUUUCUUUCAGUUAAAAACGACGAAGAGGCUUGGCCAUUGUUGAAUCGCAACGCCCACCUUGUAAUUUGAAUUUUUUGAAGACGACAGGACAUCAACUUCGUCAAUUAUUCAUUAUUAUAAAGUUACAAUAAUUUCGGGUUAUUGUUAUUUUGCCGAAGUGAAAUAUGUCAUCAGCAAACACGACAUCACCAAUGGACUCAGCCACAGUCCGAACAGUUUUGAUAUCAACUUUAAUGGCCAUCACAGACGUCGCCGUAUUUUUUGGCAACUUUCUAGCGGUUGCAUCAUUUUGCAUCAACAAUAAACUACACACUGUGACCAACUCAUUCAUCGUCAGCAUGUCUGUUGGUGAUUUGUUAAUUGCUCUAGUGUGCAUUCCAACUUUGAUUAUCGCAAACGUACUCGCGCCAAACCUAUCGAGUGACACUGGAUUGCUCUACUGCCACGUCUCUUUAUCGAUCACAAUCGCAUUGAUGAUCGUCGCAAUUGGGAAUCUAGCAUUGAAUUCGUUGGACAGAUACCGUGCGAUUUUGUACCCUUUAACCUACAACACACGGAUGACAAAACGAAGGGUGUUUUGGAAAAUCGCUUUGGCUUGGAUCGUUUCGUUUGCUUUUGGAUUCCUGCCGUUUUUCGGUUGGGGCAGGUUGCCGAACGAACGCAACGAAACGGAAACGUUAUUCUGUCAAGUGCGCGCGAACCUCUCCUGGAACUACACCCUGGCGUUCAUUUGUAUCGCUGGGACUCCGUUCGUAUUAAUGGGCGUAGCUUACUGGAAAAUUUUUAAAACGGCUCGAAGACAUACAAAAGUCAUAGCAGCCGAUGUUGCGAGGCUGCAAGAGAAUAAGCGCGUUGAUUACAUCAAGGAAACGCGCGCGGCCAAGCUAGUGGGUGCGAUUUUGGGAGCUUUUAUAAUUUGUUAUCUACCUCUGUUUGUUGCGGUGGUAGUGGACUUAUCGCUGAAGGAAGGUAUUAGUUCGUAUGUGUACGUUGGUGCGGUGUUGUGGGGCACUGUUAACUCUUCCGUCAACCCCUUCAUAGUCGCCGCUAUGAACAGAGAAUACCGGCAAACUUAUCAUCGGAUUGUCCGCUGCAAAUGGCGAAAGACGAACCCGCAUGAAGGAACUGUUCAAGCUUGGAGUAAAUAGG